AUGUCGUCGGCCCAAUCCGCUCUGCGCUACGUGGCUGCCGCCAAGACGUCGUCCCGCGGCACCCUCCACCUCCGUUGCUACGUCAAGCCCGGCGCAGCAAAGGCCCGCGAGGGCGUCACAGGGCUUACGGAGGACGCAAUCGAGAUAUGCGUGGCAGCCCAGCCGCGGCAGGGCGAGGCCAACAAGGCUGUGCUGCGGCUUCUCAGCGAGGCAAGUUCCAUCUGA